AAAUGUCUGCGGUUUAACCCCGACGCCACCGUGUGGAAGGCCAAACAGCAGGUGCUGUGCUCCCUGACCGAGUCGCUGCGAGACGUCCUGAACUACGGCCUGUUCCAGCCGGCCACAGACGGACACGAUGCCAAGUUCCUGGAGGAGGAGAGGCCCCUCAGAGAAUACCCGCAGUCCUUUGAAAAAGGGGUGCCGUAUUUGGAGUUUCGUUAUAAAACCAGGGUUUACAAACAGACCAAUCUGGAUGAGAAGCAACUGGCCAAGCUGCACACCAAGGCGAGUCUGAAGAAAUUCAUGGAUUACAUCCAAACCAGCGCUGUGGACAAGAUGGGCAAGUUCUUAGACAAAGGCCUGGAUCCUAACUUCCAGGAUCCUGACACUGGUGAGACUCCUCUGUCGCUGGCAGUGCAGUGCGAGCCAGGUGGAGGAGAGGCCAUCCGGGUCCUGGUGGACAGUGGCGCUCACAUCGACUUCCGUGCCAAAGACGGACUCACGCCGCUUCACAAGGCUGUCCGAGGCCACCGCCAUACAGCCCUGCUGGUCCUGAUCUCUCUGGGUGCGUCUCCAGACUACAAGGACCGGCGGGGGCUGACACCGCUAUACCACACUGUGCUAACGGGGGGCGACACCUCCUGCUGUGAAACACUGCUGUACCACCGCGCCAAGCUGGGCAUCAGGGACGAGAACGGCUGGGACGAGACGCAUCAGGCCUGCCAAAAUGGGAACUCGCAGCAUCUGGAGCACCUGCUCUUCUAUGGGGCGGACUCCUCCUCCCAGAACGCCUCUGGAAACACUGCCUUGCACAUUUGUGCUUUAUACAACAAGGAAAGCUGUGCACGAAUCCUGCUGUACCGCGGAGCGAGUAAAGAGAUGAAGAACAACAGCGGGCAGACACCUUUUCAGGUGGCCGUUAUGUCUGGGCAUUUUGAAUUGGGGGAAAUUAUAAAAAACCACCGGGAUACAGAUGUGGUUCCCUUUGUGGAGUCUCCAAAGUACGCUCCCCAGAGGAGGGAGAGCACCCGGACCCUGGGGGUGCCCCAUCCUCACCCCUUCCUGCGGGCCAACAGCGACAGCAGCAUGAACCUGCCGGACUGGAUGGCCGUGCCCAACGCUCCCAGCUCCAACAUCGUUUCUGUGCAGGGCUAUAAACAUACAGGAACCCUGCGGAGCUCCAGCAGUCCCAGAGGAGCGAGGACCAGAUCCCCGUCCCGAGGCAGGAUCGGAGACAAGGAGGACCGCAGCAGGCAGAGUCAGAGACGGGGGCCUCCCCCCACCACCACCACCACCACCAUCCAGACGGCAGGCCAGCGCAGACGUCUCUACAGCGCCGUCCCAGGAAGAGUCUUUGUGGCAACGCGAUCGCACUCUGCUCAGGGCGAGCGGGAGAUAAGCUUCAGUAAAGGAGACCGAGUCAAAGUGCUGAGCGUCGGCGAAGGCGGCUACUGGGAGGGGACGGUCAGAGGGCGCACGGGCUGGUUCCCCUCUGAGUGCGUGGAGGAGGUGGUGCUUCGAAGCCAGGACAAUCGAUCAGAGAGUCGUGGAGAACGAGCCAAAAGGUUGUUCCGCCAUUACACUGUGGGAUCAUAUGACAGUUUUGAUGCUCCAAGCGACUACAUAAUCAAAGAGAAGACGGUGCUUCUGCAGAAGAAGGACAGUGAAGGAUUUGGCUUUGUGCUGCGAGGGGCCAAAGCUCAAACUCCUAUUGAAGAGUUUACUCCUACUCCAGCCUUCCCUGCCCUGCAGUAUCUGGAAUCGGUGGACGAGGGCGGUGUGGCCUGGAGAGCCGGUCUCAGGAUGGGGGAUUUUCUCAUAGAGGUCAAUGGUCAGAACGUCGUGAAGGUUGGCCAUCGGCAGGUCGUCAAUAUGAUCCGGCAGGGCGGCAACAGCCUCAUGGUGAAGGUGGUCAUGGUAACCCGCAACCCUGACAUGGAGGAGGGCGCCAGGAAGAAAAUCCCACAGCAGAGCAAGAAGCUGAGCACUCCAGCUAUCGCUCUGCGGUCCAAAUCAAUGACUUCAGAGCUGGAGGAGAUGGUGGAGAGAGCUGCUACGCCUUGGAAAAAAAAGUCAGAGUUCGAAUCCUCACAAGUUGCAGAGAAGAAGAGGACGGUGUAUCAGAUGGCUCUGAAUAAACUCGAUGAAAUUCUUGCAGCGGCUCAGCAGACAAUCAGCACCAACGAGGCGUCGGGGACACGGGGACACGGGCCAAAGAGGGACAGGGGGAGAAGUUUCUAUGGCAAUGAGCCAAGCUACGGGGAUCAGUCUGGGACGGGGAUGAUGGCGGGACUGGGACUUGGCUACGAGCGUGGACAGUACAGCUCGGCUCACGGCCCACAGCACGGUAUGCUGCGGCAGAAAUCCAUCGGUGUGCCUGAGGAAGAGAAGCAGUUCUUGCAUCCACCUGCCAUGAAGUUCGCGCGGAGUCUGUCAGUGCCUGGUCCAGACGACAUUCCUCCACCUCCUACCACCGCUCCCCCGGAACCUCCAUUCUCCUCGGCUCCGCUGCUUGGUUGGAGAACGAAGUCGUCCCAGCAGCCUUCUGUCUCCGUGUCCCAGUCAACGUCCAGCUCUGCGCACUACCAGCCCUUCUCUCAGUCAGGGCAUCUAAGCCAGGGUGGCAGGGAGAGGGCUGGUGGUCCCAACACAGGCCCUGCUGGUGGAGCAGUAGACCACGCGACACCUUAUGUACACGCAUCUGCACAUACAGCUCAAAGCAGGACUGCAUCGCGAAAGGUUGCCUAUACUGGGGAGCCUGUUGGAGCUGGGAUGGGGGCCGGCACAGGGGCUAAAUCAGCGGGCCUGAGGAGAGGCUACAGCACAGCCGUGCCCCCGUCCAGCAUUGCUACUGUAAUGCCCCAGCAACAACAGACCACCCAGAGUCAACCCCAGCGGGCAGACCGCAGUGCAGCCGGGGCUGGUGGCUCUAAAGGAGGGGCCAGGAGAGGCAAAGGACCUCUGGUAAAGCAAUCUAAGAUAGAGGAGCUGCGCUUAGGCCAGGGAAGCCUAGGGAGCAAAGACUCUGUGGAGAAAAGCUCCAUUCCUAUCCCCACCAUCAUUGUCAAGGCUCCCUCAACCAGCAGCAGUGGACGGAGCAGCCAGGGCAGCAGCGUGGAGGCUGAUGUCCCUGCAUCAGGGGAGACAAGUGAUACGAAAACACCUCAUGGCCCUCCUCCGUCCACUCCUGCCCCACAGCCGCCUGCUCCGCCGUCCAUUCCAGCACCACCACCCCCAUCUUUGCCUUCUGUUCGAGCCCAGGAUAAUCUGGACUUCACCAGCCAGUUUGGGGCCGCCAUCGUUGGUGCGGCUCGCCGAGACAGGGAGAGAUUUCUCGAAGCUCGUCGAAAGAGUGCCUCCUUGUUCAUGUCUGCUGAGGAGGACCUGAGUCUUGGGAUGAGUGAAGCAUUAGGAGGAGCAUCAAGGACUCAGGUGUCUCAGCAGCAGCUAAACACUCAGCCUGAAAGUUCAUCAACACGACUGCGCCCUUCCAAGUCUAUUGAUGAGGGCAUGUUCUCUGCAGACACCUUUAUCCAACACACCCGGAGUAUGCCUCCAGCCUUCGGCCUACCGGAGUACUCCUCUACGGCCCUGGACUAUCAGCCCAAAUCUGUGCCUGCUGAUCUGUACACCACAGCAGGCAGACAGCCAGCCCCCUCUUCCAACACCACCUUUAUUCAUCCUCUCACUGGGAAGGCGCUUGACCCCACGUCACCUCUAGGCCUCGCCCUGGCUGCCAGGGAACGUGCUCUGAGGGAUGACAGCAGGUUAAGGAGGGGAACGGAGAACCUCUUAACCCGCCAGAUGUCAAAUGUGGUGUUCUCUUCGUCCACCGUCAACACUCAGCCAGUAUCAUCCAUGACACAGUCUUCAAGCUCCUACUUGGUCACCUCCUCUUCUCUGGCAGCUACCACGCCCACAGUCGGUCGGCCACCCUCACCCAGAAUCCUCAGGGGAGUCGGGAGUACAUGGGGGGAGGAAGGUGGGGAGCGGGAGCGUGAAGGGGGAGGAGCUCGUGAGGGUCUUAGAGUCCGGUUCUCUGAGGACAAAACGGUACACACACACCACUAUCAGUCCCAGCCAUAUCAGCCAUCUUACAAGGAGCGGGAGAGGUCGCGGGAACGGGAGAGGGACCAUUCGAGAGAGAGGGAGAGGGACAAGGAGAGAGAAGGUUACAUGAGGAGGGCAGAUCAGGCUGCUGAAAGUUCAGGCCAGCAGCCCCGCAGACCCUCUUUUCUCAGGAUGGAAAGUCAAGCUGAUGCCUAUAUCCGGUCCCUCACACCGUCUUCUCCACCAGCCAAUACCCAACAGGCAGUGAACACUUCUGGAAGCACAGGGACAGGUCUGAUGGUUCUUCCUCCUCCUGCUCCCUCAGUUGAUGCAGACGAUGAAUUUGUCUAUGCAGACCCCCUUCCACCCCCUUUAGAGUUUGCAAACAGCUUCGACCGGGGGAUAUCAGGAUACUCUCAACACGGGAUUCUUUCCAACAGCUUGAUCCACCGGCAACAGCAAGUCCCUCCCCCACCGCCUCCUCCACCACCUCCUCCACCACCACCACCCCCGCCUCCUCCUCAAAAGGAACAUUAUAUAGGUGGCUUUCCUGCUCACACACCUCUACCCUCUCCUCAGGCAGGGGACUCCACUGCUUCCAGCCUCACAUCAUACGACAGUGAGGUGGCAAAUCUGACUCAGUCUGCUCCUUCCCCUUCCCAGACAUCACCAAAUCCUCCACCCCCUGCUUCACCCUCAACUCUUCAGCCAACCAUGGGUCCUCCUCCUCCCCCCGCAGUCUCACCUCCACCUCCUCCUGGAUCCGGUUCCUACCACAGACCCUUUUCAGUGUCUCACCACCUUUACAACAGCACUCACACAUCCGGGCGAUCUUCACCAACGCCUCCCCAGCAUGCAGUUGCACCUCCCCCAGCUUACCGGGGCCCCCCGGCUUCCUCUUGCAGUGUUGCCACUUCUGUCCCCCACAGGGGCACUACCUCUCAUGCCAUGACCGCUAGCUGUACUGCCACAACCACCACAACAAGCAUCUCCACUCAGCUCCAUCAGGAGCGAACACGUCCGGCUCAUUUAACAUACUCCACCACCAUCACAGGAAGGACAGGUGAGCAUCAUCGUUCUCAUCCCACUGCCAAAAAAGGAGAGUCCCAGGAGACAGUUGUGGACUCUGGGAUUGAGGAACUCGAUAGUCGCAGUAGCAGUGACCACCAUCUGGACAGCAUUUUGGGUCUGAGUGGGGCUGGCGUUCGAGGGGAAAGGCUGGAACGAGGAGAGAGAGCUGGAGGUCCAGGCCGCAUGGGAGGUGGUUUAGGAGAAACAGAACGAGGAGGAGGGGACUUUCUGGAGUCGUACAUGAGCUACCUUGAUGGGCAAACCUUUGAGAUGCAGAAUGCAACUGCAACAGCUUCCACCUACCCAAAAACCAGCAGGUUCAGAGACGGCAGUCAUGCUGGCGACUCACAUCGACAGACCAGCACCGCUCCUGCAUCCUACCACUCCCACAGGCAAAGAGAUGGCCAGGUAGAGGACGAGGUAGAGGAGGGACUGGGAGAUGACGAAGGUGGUCAAGACGGGUACGGGGGGGAGGGACAUGCAGAAUAUCGGCCGUCCCACAUCACCGUACUUUGAGCGACCGCGCACUCCUGAAAUGAGGCCUCUCUGGGGCGACAGCCAGAUGAGCGGCGAUGGGGGAAGCCAGUCAGGUUCGCUUUUAGAAGGAAAGAAGAUUUAUCCUCCUGCAUCUAGUAUGAAGCCCAGCAUUAUUAAUGAGCUGAGCAGCAAACUGCAGCAAAGAAGUAA